GCUCUACGCUUUGACUGUACACUGCUCCACACCAGAUAGAACCCGUUUCUUCCACUCUUGAUGAAUCAUCAUCAUCACUAAACCGUUCAAUCAGUGUAUAUGCGCAUAUUAUUACAGUGCUUGAAACCGUUCAAUCAGUGAAAUGGCCAAGGAAGAUGUGUUUGAGUUCCUCGGGAACGUUCCUCUGCUACAGAGGCUUCCUGGCUCGUCUGUAAGGAAGAUAUCUGAGCUUGUGAUUCUCAAACACUAUGAGCCGGGAGAGUAUGUUGUUCGUGAGGGAGAACGUGGGGAUGGUCUUUACUUCAUCUGGGAGGGAGAGGCUGAGGUUGUUGGCUCUGUUAAUGCUGACGAUGAUAAUCAUCCAGAGUUUCAAUUGAAAAGAUUUGACUAUUUUGGUUUUGGUUUAUCAAAUGAAGUUCACCAUGCUGAUGUUGUAGCUUUGACAAAGCUAUCAUGCUUGGUGCUGCCCCAUGAGCACUCAGCAUUGCUGCAGCCAAAGUCUAUUUGGAGUGCAGAAAAAUCUCAUGAUACAUGCUCACUUGUGGAGCAUAUAUUGCAUUUGGACCCUAUAGAGGUAGACAUCUUCCGAGGAAUCACUCCUCCAGAUGCUCCAACAUUUGGGAAGGUAUUUGGUGGACAAAUAGUUGGACAGGCACUGGCUGCAGCAUCAAAAUCUGUUGAUUGUCGUAAAGUUGUUCAUAGCUUGCAUGUCUAUUUUCUUCUUGUGGGGGAUUUUAACAUACCCAUUAUAUAUCAAGUUAAGCGUCUCCGUGAUGGGAAGAGUUUUGCUACAAGGAAAGUGGAUGCAAUUCAAAAGGGAAAUGUCAUAUUCACUUUGUUGGCUUCAUUUCAUAAGGAAGAAGUAGGGUUUCACCACCAGGAAGUGUCUAUCCCAUCAGUCCCUGCUCCAGAUACGCUUUUAUCGUUGGAAGAGCUUCGGGAGCAACGUCUUACUGACCCUCGUCUUCCAAGAACUUACCGGAACAAGGUUGCUACAAUUGAAUUCAUUCCCUGGCCCAUAGAGAUACGGUUCUGUGAACCUAAAAUUUCAACAAAUCAGACCAAAUCUCCUCCUAGUUUGAGAUACUGGUUUAGAGCAAGGGGAAAACUUUCAGAUGAUCAAGCCUUGCAUAGGUGUGUGGUAGCAUAUACAUCAGAUCUAAUCUUCCUUCAAGUGAGUUUGAACCCCAACCGUAGGAAGGGAAGGAAGGCUCGUGCUGUGAGUCUGGACCACUCCAUGUGGUUUCACAGACCUUUAAGAGCUGAUGAUUGGAUACUAUUUGUGAUCUUUAGUCCUACUGCCAAUAAUGCCCGCGGCUAUGUCACUGGCCAAAUGUUCAAUCAGAAGGGAGAGCAUCUUGUGUCUGUGGUUCAAGAAGGUGUAAUGAGGGAAGUUAUUUCUGCUAAGUCAGCCAUCAAAUCUAAUCUAUGAAUAGCUAAAAAUGCACUGAAACUUGUGGUGUUCUUUUUAGUUUUGUCUUCUUUUGUUUUCCUUCUAUAGUGAAUGAUCGGGUGAACCAUACAAUAGGUGGUGCACCACUAUAUCACCAUCAUAUAGUGCACCUUUAUUUUUAAUCAACGGUUCAAAAUUGUGAUUGACAAGUAAUUGAUGUGUUAGAUUUAUUUACAAUUAACUAGUUUUAAAAUUUACAAAUUGGUCCUUUUGUUGUCGCGUUUGUACCAUCUCCUACAAAGAUUCACGCCUCUGUCGGCUCUUCCAUCACCACGAGCCCUGAUCUCUGCUGGCAUCCGCAACAACCAUGGCUCAUCUCUUCAUUUCAAAAGUUAUAGCUUUACUUCAUCAAUCACUAUACAACCAGAAUUGCCAAUUCAAAUGUAAGAAAAAUAUACUUUUUUUUUAUGGACAAAUGAUACAUAUAACAUUACCUACCAGUAUAGUCUUGCUUCCUAAGUCUUGGGAGAAGACAAAUGAUGAAUUCUGGGUUUGUUUUGGGUCCUUAUGCUUUCAAAAACACGUUGAACACGAAUUGUUAUUUAUUUGGAUUA